AUGGCGUUUAAGAAAACCCUAACUCAGCGUCUGUUAAACAUCACUAAAAUGUCGUCGCAAUCUCUCUCAAACUGCCGUAUUUCAUCUUCUUCUCUUCAAUCUCGGAUCCCUUCCACCGCCGCCAAGCCCGACAUUGCCCCGGAGCCUGGGGACGACGGCGUUUUCCGUAGGUUUCUCCAUAAGAGAGCCGGUUUCCUACCGGAGGCCCGAUCUCUGCAUCCUGCCGGGGAUAGUCUCAUCCAGAAACUUCGGGAGAUGGACAUUGCGAGAAACCGGAUCCGUUUGGACGGGUUAACUCCGCCGGAGAAGGAGGAAUCGGACGUGGAAGUCCAAGAUGUUCGGAAAUUGUUGAGAGCGGCGCAGCUUGAAGCUGUGAAGUCGAAGCUGAGGAAGAUCCCGCAGAAUUGCGUGACGUACUCGGAGUUUAUUCAAAUGUGCGGCGAAAAUUGUUCCGAUCAAGAACAAGCGAAGCGGAUUGCGAAAAUACUGGACGAUUCCGCUACUGUAAUCAUCUUAGGCGACGUCGUUUUUCUGAAACCUGAACAGGUAGCAAAAACAAUCCAGGCUCUCCUCCCUGUACCAGGUCAAAAACCUAACGAUGCAGUAACAAAAGAACUUGAAGAAAUGGAGAAAGUGAAAGCAGCUAUUGACAACAAAGCUGACGCAACGGUUCGCCGUGAGCUCUGGGGCGGACUCGGCUUUCUGAUGGUACAAACAGCAGCAUUCAUGAGGCUCACAUUCUGGGAACUUAACUGGGAUGUAAUGGAACCCAUAUGCUUCUAUGUGACCUCAAUGUACUUCAUGGCCGGCUACACAUUCUUCAUGAGAACAUCAAAAGAGCCUUGCUUUGAAGGUUUCUAUCAAAGCCGUUUCAGCACUAAGCAGAAGCGUUUGAUGAAACUUCACAAUUUUGAUAUUGCAAGGUAUAAUCAACUCAAAGAUGCUUCGCCAUUGGCAUCAUCUUCUGAGUUGAAUUCAACUUCUGUUCAUCCAUUGAACCAAUUUCAGAGAACUUUUUGA